AUGUCUGAGAAGAAAGCGAUUGAGGUGAAAAAAGUGACGAAAACGGCCGUGGACGAUGUCGAAUUCGAGGAGUUCCCCAUGUUGGAUUGGCCCGAGCGUUCCGAGGAAGAAGAAGGUGAUGUCAAUGUUUGGGAAGAUAACUGGGAUGAUGAAACUAACGAGUCCGAAUUCUCGCAGAAGCUCAAGACCGAACUCGACAAAUUAAUGGCUCAGCGAAAACAAAAGCCCACAGCC